UCACCUGUCUGGGCCGGGGGCCCGUCAGGCGGGGGGGGCCGGCGGGAGCCAAGCCGAGGAAGAGGGCGGAGCGGCUCUCCGGGAGCGUCAUCGGAGCACCAUGGCGGACCUGAGAGCUGGCGGCGACCGCCACACGGGCGGCGAUGGCGCUGCGCAGAGCGAAACAGCGCCUGAUGGCAACAAAGUGCAAGAUAAGAAAACCGCGGCCUCCAACCGGCCUUCUUCUGCUAUUUCAGGACAAAAUAGCAACCACACAGGAAAUAAACCAGACCCUCCACCAGUGCUGCGCGUGGAUGACCGGCAGCGGCUGGCGAGGGAGCGGCGUGAGGAACGAGAGAAGCAGCUAGCUGCAAGAGAAAUAAUCUGGUUAGAGAGAGAAGAGCGGGCCAGGCAGCACUACGAAAAGCACCUGGAGGAGCGGAAGAAGAAGUUAGAAGAGCAGAGGCUGAAAGAGGAACGCAGGAGGGCUGCUGUGGAGGAGAAGCGGAGGCAGAGGCUCGAGGAGGACAAGGAACGCCAUGAAGCCGUUGUACGACGUACAAUGGAAAGGAGCCAGAAGCCAAAACAGAAGCAUAACCGGUGGUCAUGGGGAGGUCCUCUCCACGGGAGCCCCAGUAUCCACAGCGCAGAUCCAGACAGGAGGUCAGUUUCCACCAUGAAUCUUUCGAAACAUGUUGAUCCCGUCAUUAGCAAGCGGCUCUCCUCUUCAUCUGCAACUUUACUAAAUUCUCCAGAUAGAGCUCGCCGCCUGCAGCUCAGCCCAUGGGAGAGCAGCGUGGUUAACAGAUUGCUGACGCCCACACAUUCGUUCCUGGCCAGAAGUAAAAGCACAGCUGCCUUGUCUGGAGAUACAGUUAUCCCCAUGUGUCCUCGUUCAGCAUCUUGCAGCCCCAUCAACAUCAUGCCCUACAAAGCUGCACACUCUAGAAAUCCGAUGGAGCGACCAAAAUUCUUUGUAACACCACCGGAGGGCUCCACGCGAAGGAGGACUGUUCACGGCACAGCGGGCUAUAAAAGAGAGAGGGAGAGAGAAAACUUACCCUUCCACCUCAUACCCGGCAUCCGAAGGGCUCUAUCUCCAUCUCAUCCCAAAGCCAGAUCACCAGCUUCCUCCCGACUUUGGCUCCCAUCCAAGUCCUUUCCCCAUUUGCCUGGCACCCCCAGACCAGCAUCCUCCAUGCCUCCUGGACCAGUCAAACCUGCCCCUGCUCAGGUCCGGCCCCCCUCGCCCGGCAACAUCCGCCCCGUCAAGAGAGAAGUCAGAGUGGAACCUGAGAGAAAAGACCCUGAGAAGGAACCUCAGAAAGUUGCCAGUGAGCCCUCACUAAAGGGCAGGGCACUUUUGGUGAAGGUAGAAGAAGCCACAGUCGAAGAGGGGACACCUGUCGAACCAGAGGUUGCUCCUGCUGCUCCGGAGGCAGCCUCAGCACCAGCCUCCGCUCCAGCCUCCACCCCGGCCCCGUCAUCCACUGUGACUGCCAGUGCUUCUCUGAAGACCUCUGCGGGCACCACUGACCCGGAAGAGGCCACGAGGCUGCUAGCUGAGAAGAGGCGGCUGGCCCGAGAGCAGAGAGAGAAGGAGGAAAGGGAGAAGAGGGAGACGGAAGAGCUCGAAAGACAAAAGCGAGAAGAAUUGGCCCAAAGGGUGGCUGAAGAGAGAACCCGCCGCGAGGAGGAGGCCCGCCAGCUGGAGGCUCAGCAAGCCAGGGAGAGGGAAGAGCAGCUGCGGCGGCAGGAGGAGGAGCGGGUCCGGCGCGAGCGGGAGGAGAUGGAGCGCAUCCAGAAACAGAAAGAAGAAGAAGCUCGUGUUCGGGAAGAAGCAGAGAGGGUCCGGCAGGAACGAGAGAAGCAUUUCCAGAGAGAAGAGCAGGAGCGCCUGGAGAGGAAGAAGCGACUUGAGGAGAUAAUGAAAAGAACCAGAAGAACAGAAGCUUCAGAUAAGAAAACUGUUGAUCAGAGAAAUGGCGAUAUAACCAAGGGAGCGCUCAUUAGAGGAACAGCGGUAUCUGCACUUCCAAAUAUGACAAACUCUCCAGGACAAGGAGAACCAGCAGCCAGCCCCCAUGUGGUUACCUCACACCAAUCAGAAGUGACUGUGGAGAGUACUCCCAAUUUGGAAAAACAACCAAAUGAAAAUGGAAUAUCAGUUCAGAAUGAAAAUUUUGAAGAAAUUAUAAAUUUACCCAUUGGAUCUAAACCAUCCAGAUUAGAUGUCACCAACAGCGAGAGUCCAAACAUUCCUUUGAAUCCUAUUUUGGCCUUUGGUGAUGAAGGGACACUUGGGACCCUGCCUCAGGUAGAUGGUGUUCAAACACAACAGACAGCAGAAGUUAUAUGAGCAUUUCUUCUGAAAAAACCAAAGCAGAAAGUUAAUAAGAAUUUCUACAAUUAAUGGAAUUCCUUCCAUGCUACAAAGGAGCAUCUCCCCUUCCUCCAGUUUUCUAAAGAUUUCUUGACCAUCAUUUUGAAAAGACUUUAUUAAAACCAGCUAAAGACAACAGACUGGAUAGCUUUUCUAAUAAUUUUCGCCCAUAGAGAAAAAGAAAUCCUCCCUUGUUCUUCAGUACUUUAAAAUGGCUCUUUCCAGUGUGCUCCUUCUUAGGAAAUCGAUAUUUUUCUGCAUUCUCUAAAAGAUGAGAGCAUUUGGCUGUAAAAGAAAUGGGCCGAGUAGGCAUGAUUUUUCACAUAGAUAUUUUGGACUUUAAAAGCUAACAUGUAAAAUUGGCACAAAAAUUUUUACCUUUUACAGUGUAAUACUUGAAAUAUAAGUACCUCUUGGUUCAACAAGUAGAGUGAAUAGGAGAGAUGUUUAAAUUAAGCCUGUUUGUUUAAAUAUUAUUGCAAAGAGCUCUAUUUGUAGAGGCAGAUUACCAGGUUCUUGUAAAUGCAACUUGCACAUGGACAUUCUGCAAACCCCACUGUCCCAUUCUUCUUGCGUCUCCUUUUGCAAAACAUACUCAACAGUUUUAAAAUGUGAAAAAAAAAAACAACAUUAUUUUUUCAGAGCAAGAAAAUAAUUUACUGUCCUCUUAAGUAAUGUAUUUAUAAAGUUUUUUCAGAUAAACUAAUCAAAUAAAUUAGAACAACGUGACAACAUUGCAGAAUUUGAUUUCUGAGAUGCAUUCCUUAUGUUACCAUGAGAGAAUGUUGUUGAUGAUUCAGGGCUAUUUCUGAAGUCUGUUUAUUGCUGCUGUCCCCAGUGAUAGUGGGACUUACCUUUGCCUUACCUGAUCACAAAUUAUUUGGAGAUGGGGGAGAAUAAAGCUUUAAUAUUUCUUUAAAGAAAAAAGAGAAUUUGGUUUUGCUCGUUUAAGAGCAAUGAAAAAAUGAUGGAACGUGGACUGUGUUUGGCACCCAGGACACGGCAGGCUGAUACCUUCAUGAAGGUCCUUGUUCUGCGUGGCAUCCAUCGGCUUUCACCCUUCAUCCUUCACUUUCGCUGCUGAGCUUGGCUGUACAAACUUGCACUUUCAUUUGAUAAUAUAAAUUCAAUUUUAUUUUACCAUUUGAGAGACUACUAAUAACUAAAUACUGAAGGAGAGAGAACACUGAGGGAACGCAUUUUUUUAUGAUGGAGUUUUUAAAGAAGGUAAACUUCUGCCACUAGAAUGUGUUUUUUUUAAAAGUGGGAUUGAUUAAUGUAGAUUGAAUGAGGGGCUGUUCAUUUAUUGGACCCAUUUCCUUAAAAUCCAAGCAUACCGUCUUUAGUAACAGCUGUAAUUUGUUAAUAACAUUAAUUUGGGGUUUUUCCCUGUUCUCAGUUGUCCAUGUACAUACACAUAGUCAUAUUAAAAGAAAAAUCUGUUC